UCAAUGAGAGGAAUCAAGCUGGGUCCUGUGUUGCUGCUCAGUUUGGCCACGCUGACUUGUGUGUCUAUUUUGGUACCUUAAGAGCUCGCUCUGAGCAGGCCGGCCACACCAGUGCAUUUGUACAUGAAUCCAGGGGCUUGACUGGCUGGCUUAGGUGCUGCUCUGGAUCGCUGGACUUAACUCUAGGGAUUUGUUCUUAACCAUAUACUGUGUAGAGCAUUUAGACUUCUCACUCUGAGCAUGACACCAAGGGGAAAGACAGAUCCUGAGAGCUCACUGAUGGUGUAAGCUGGGAGGGAAGCAUGCACUAAGCUGAAGUAGCAACAGAGGACACAAGACUGUUGAAAAAAUAGCAAAAAACUUGCCGACACCAUGAGCUGCGUGGAAAAGCGACACAUAAACCAUCGGACGGGAAACAUGCUACACCAUCGAUUCCCCAACGGCUUCACGGACCUGUUCAUGGACGAGACGGAUCGGGAGGUCAGCACCUUGACUGACAGGGCCUUUCGUAGUCUCUGCAUUGGGGAUGAUGCGGUGUUUAAUGACGACUUUUUGUAUGGAUACUCGCCAUACAGCUGCCUCAAGCCUUUGGCAGGGGAGCCCUUUAAAAAGAAUCCAUAUAAGGAAUCUAAAAAAGCAGGACAACCCAAACCCGAUAAAAGCGAUGAUCAGCCCUGGAUACAGCAGCAACAGGACAAUAUAUCCCACAUGUCAUCCUUCCUGAAGGUACUCAGUACCACAGAGGAAAGAAAUGGAGGUAUGACAGACUCUAAUGGUGAAUCAUGGGAUAAAUCAGCACUUCGCAGCAUAGAAAGAGAGCUUUCAGAAUUCUCCUCUGAUUAUCGCACAAGUCUUGCCAACAGACAAUACAAGAACAAUAAACACCAUCAGUCUGGCAUUGGUCCUAAUAAAAAAUGCAAUAAUGCCAGCUUUCCGUCUGGGAAACUGACAAAAAAUAAAAAUGGUAAAUCCACAGUAAAACUGAGAAAACUCAACAUCAAAAACUUUUUCCUCCACAGCGAGUUUAGUCCUUUUCAAACAUGGACAGAUUUGAACCGGUAUUCCUUUGGCCAAGACAACAUGGUCACCAAUAUUAUCUCUGCUGACAAUGUUCAUAAAUGGUACGACUUGCCCUUUUACAAGGAGCUGACUGAGGCACAUACAAAAGAAAUUUUGCAUACAGGGGAGGUACAGUCAUACCAGAAAGAAGCAGUUGAGUCUUCUGCCACAAGAGUUCUUGAACCCACCCCAGACCCUCCUCCUUGCAAGGCCCUGCCAAAGCCCGCUGCUCCUCUGGCUCAGAAAAGGUGCUCUUCAGAUGGAGGGGAUAAGAAUGCUGCCCCGUGGAGGCGAAAUGGGCCCAGGGCAAAAAGUGCAAUUCCAGCAAAUCAACUUGGAAAACGACCUCAAGAAAGUAAUUCAAAACCAUCGGAUGAAAACAUUUUGGUGGCCAAAAAAGAUGUUAAAUCUGUGGAAGUUAAGGCAAUUCGGGAAGUCAGCUCUUUGGCCUCUACACCAUUCAGCAUCUGUCAGCUGAUGACUCCUGUAAUUCUCUCUAGACAGCCAACAGAGACAUCAGAAAUCCUCCAAGAGGUUAUCUCACCCUCCAUCCUUGACCUUCUGAGCAGGCCUCAUUCUGAGGCCAAAGUAACUCCUGAUCCUCCGGUCAAGCGAGAAACGUACAAAUCUCUUGCAUCUAGCAUCCUCUUCAACUUGAAAGACAACAGGAAAAGGGUGAAGAGUCGAUACAGCCCACAUAAAUUCAAAAGUCUAGAGCUUUCUGAAGGGGACAUCCAAUCUCCACCCUCAGAUAAUGUAAAUCAUCCUCCUUCCGAGGGUUGUGGCUCUGGCAUAAGUACACCUGCCAUUUCAAAAGAUGGACCGACAAUUAGCAGUCCUGUUUUAGAACAUAUUGUAUCCCCAUCAAAUGUUGAUCUUACAACACAUGGCAGUGACAAGCUUGUAUCAAUUGAUUAUUUGUUGUCAAAUUUACUGCAGACUAAAUGUGAUGCUGGCAAUAGCAAUCUUGGAGAGGAGAACUCAAUUUUACCAUUUGUACCUUCAAAGAAGAAUAGGAGUCCAAUUACAAAAAAGCUAAACUAUCCAUCUCUGAAUUUGUACAAGAAAGCCAAUCUUGUUGACAGUGAUCUGAAAUAUCUUCAAGUACCUAUUGGCAACAACACUUCUACUAAAACUGAUGUAACGAUUGUUACAAAAAACAGAGAAAUUUCUCUAAAUCCACUGCCAAUAAACGUAGGGCUUUCACCAAGUAAUUUAAAUGUCAUCAAAGAUUAUUCACCCAUAAUUUCACCCCACACACUAGAAAUAGACGAGGCAUCAACGGGAGGGGAAACACUGCCAAAUUUCCCAGAGAAAAUUGAUAGGCUGUUGAAAGACAAAAAGGACUUUGCAGUUCAGCAGGCUCCCCAGGAAAACAACACAGGUGGCCAAACCAUUAGUACAACAAAUGUAAUCGGAGCAGCAAAGGAAGCAAUUAAUGUGGCCAAAAAUAAAGCUCGAUCAGCAAGUCAUUCAGACGGCAACAGCAAGCCGAUACCAGAUGCAGACAUAAUGAGGCAGAAAGAAAUGGAUCACAGAAUUUCAAAAGAACCAUUUGAAAGCAGAAGGGGUAGUUGGGUAACAGAAAACAACUAUGGUUUAUUGCAAAAUAUACCAUCUAAUGCAACACUGGUUGGUAAAAAUAGCAAUGAAGACAAAGAACCUCCACCAGUACCAAAAAGAAAUUUAGCUAAAUCAGAUCUAGAGUUCUGCUUGUAUCUUGACAAGCAGCAAAGGCAUUACGCUGACAAAGCCUCUAAUGGUGAUUUAGUAGUUGCAAUAUCAGAUUUACCAACUAAAGAAUGUGAAUCUGUACAACAACAAGGCAAACAUAAACAUUUAUUGUCAUCCAGACAGAAUAAUUUUAUCAAACAUCAGGGAUACACACUGAAAGAUGACGAGCAAGCAAAGGAGUACAAGGAAAGCAUUAUGAAAGUGAAUAAAGAAAUGGAGACAGAUGUUGAAAUAAAGUCAAAAGGAGAUAUAAGAGAAAGUGAGCACAUUUUCCAUGAUUUGCAGGCUUUGAAAGAGCUAGAAAGAGCACGACUUGGUGAUUGCCUGCUUGAGAAUGUGAAAAGCAAACUGGAGGUUUUUAACAUUGACGAGGAGGCAAAGGCUAAAAACUAUUUAAUCUCUAGGGAGCUUCGCAAUAUAAAAAGAGGCAUGCUAUCGAUGAAAGGAAACACAUUGGCAAAGAGAAAAAUAUUUGCUGAGAAAGAGCAGAGCAAGCAGGAGGUCUUCGCAAAGCUAGACAGUAAUGUCAUUGUGAACAAAGCACUUCUAAACGAUAAUUAUGACAAAGCUAAAAUGGCACUUGAGGAGAUUAUCUCAGAGCGGGAGAGGAGAAGGAGUACAUUCACAGAGCAGGAUGCAGUUCUACCAUCUGAAGAUGAAAGUUGUAAAACAUGGUCACAGGAAGUUCAAAAAGAUAAUAAACACUGUAAGAUAAAACAGAAUGAAGAAAACAAUAACAGGACUUCUCCACUUAAAGAGAAAAACCUAAAACAGAGAAUAGGUGACUCGAGAGUUUCGCAAACUCAACCUAGACUGGCUGACACCCACAGAUUGAUCAGUAGGGUAGCACUACCUGGUAUCGACACAAUGGGCAAUAAGCAGAAUUCACUGUUAAAAGCUAAAGUUGUGACAGAAAAGUUAGCUGAUAAUCAUACUCAUAUUCAAGAGAUCAGUUUGCCAGAAACAGCAGAACAGGUGUAUAAAGACAGUGAGGAAAACGUCAUAAAUGUAAGGGAAGAAAAAAGGUUGGAUGCUCCACCUGUUCCACCAAGAAGCAAAAAAGGAGUUAGUAGAAGAGGCUGGAGUGCAGCCAAUGACAAAGAUGCAGUGGGUGACAUAUUCUAUGGUAAAAAAGAACAUUUUGAAAACAGUGAAGGGCAAUUGUGUGAAAUCAAGACAGGCUCUGAAAUAUAUGUAAUUGCUGAUACUGAAGAAGCUUUACUCAGUCAGUGUGAAACUCCUCAUAAAGAGAGGCAGGAUGAGGUUAAAAAUACUUGUUUAAAACUAAGUUCUUCAGCAGAUGCAUUUGCAUAUGGGUUGGUUAACAAUUUAAUGAUAAACACAAGUCCAAAAAGAGAAGCCACAGCUGAAAGUCAUGCUAACAUUCAGGAAACCUGCAAGGUGAAACGAAAAGCCCCUUUAAAACCAGAUCAUUUGUUUAAGCAAGAUGACGACAUGAUCAAGAACUUCAAACCAGAAAAAGAACCUUUUAAAAAAACUAAUGAAGAUAUAGAUAUGGAUGCUGAAGAACAACGUGAAAUUCCCAGAAACAUUGUGUCACCUUUGCUACUAGUAAAAGGUGUUAGUGUUGCACAGAGCCCACCUGAUCAAGCCAGCUUGUCCUCAAAGUCCUCCUACUUCUCUGUGGAAAGUACUAUACACAAAACCACAGAGAAUGAGUCAAAUAUCUUCCACUCUUUAGGGAACUCGCCAGCAGAGGUGGAGCAGGUUAAUGAACUAGGACAGACUGUUUCACAAAGUAAUUUGAAUGGAGCAGAGGUGGAAUACUGCUGUUUAGGUGAUCAAGAAAGCAAGCUAGAGGCCAUAAAGCAGCGGUUAAAAUUUACCCAAAAUCAACCAGAGCUACAAUAUGCAAACAACAUAGAUAAAAAGAAUGUCCUCACAUACGAAAGAGAUGGUAAUGAAGAAAACAAUUCAACAUCAUCAUCUAGUACUUUUUCCCCAACUUUGGGAAUCCCCGCUUUGUUUAAAAUUAAAGACAACAGUUUUAAUAGUAAGACAAAGAAGCCUGUACUACUCUGGUCUCCGAAAGGCAGUAUGAAUGGAUCAGAGAAAAUAGACAAAGAGUUACAUCAGACAAAGGAAAAUCCAGAAAUAACUCCGACUGAUAUCUUUAAACGUAAAGAAAUAUUUAGUACAAACGAAUCACCAGUGUUUUCGCUGGUACCCUCAAACAUCCAAAACGAAUAUCCCAAAACAUCUGAAGUUGGAAGUUCUCUAUUAAUUGCACAGGAGGAAGAAACUUUUCUUAGGAUGACCCCAUCAUCUGAAGGCAUAGAGAGCUUACCAACUAGUACUGCUGACCCAGACUAUGACUCAGCAACAAAUGCUAAAGUUGUAGUAGAGAGUGAAAAGACAAAGGACAUCAGAGAACAAUCAGGAUUCAUUUGCAGUGGUAUUGACAGCCAAACUGAGCUGCCCAGGCCUCCAGCAGUCUUACCAAAAUCUGAAAAAGCAGUUCAAAAAGCCAUCAAACUGACAAACAGAAGGAUGAAGAAGGUAGAGUCCCAGAAGUCAUCUCAAAAGUCAUCUCAAAGCAGCAGCAAAAACAGAGCAGAAAAAACAAGGAGUGAUAAAUCAGAGCAGAAAAGCAGUGGCAGUGCUAAAGCUGGCAGGAAUAGUGAAAAAAAACACAAAGAUGGAAAUCGUCAUAAUGCAAAUCACCACAGCAAUGACAGCCAUCCCCAGCGUGAAUGCCACAAAGAGAACCACAAUCAAAAUGACGUCCACAGGACUCGGAGACAGAGUCAAGAUUCAGUGGAAGGCAAUACCGCAAGAACAGAAGAACGACUCAAUCUAGCAUCAGAAAGACAAGGUCGCAGCACUGACAGACAUGCUCGAGAAAAUGCUGAACACAGAGACUAUAACAGUGACAGUGUCAUCAGUAAUGUGCCAGUAUACAAAACUCAUGUUAGUGAGCGGCCCAUGUCAGACAGGCCUUUUAAUCGAUCACUGAGCAUUGAUAGGUACCUGGGAGGUAAAGAAGAACGCAGGCUUAGUGCUGAUCUGCCAGUCAGUGAGAAGCUUGAACCCAGGACCAAGCGCAUUGAGAAAUCCAUAAUGCAAGAGCUUCAACAGAGAAGCAGAGCCAAAGAGAAGCCAAGCAGAGCCCGCCCCCUGAGAAGAAGCCAAAGUAUCGACGCAUGCAGUACUGAGAUACCACCUCUUGCCCGACAGUCCAGCCACACAAGCCAGUUUUUUCGUCAGUCAAGCAUGGAGCAUGCUGUCCUUGCGCAGUCCAUCUCUAUGACUCAACGAAAGCUCCUCCAGGAUCCAGACUCAGGGCAGUACUUCUUUGUUGACCUGCCAGUUCAAGUCAAGACAAAAACCUUCUUUGAUCCUGGGACAGGAAGCUAUGUCCAGCUGCCAGUCCAGCCACCAGAUGGUGGUGUUCCUUCAGCUCCCCACGUAGAGGUCUUGACUUCCCCAUUGGUUGUUUACCACAGUUUUGUGCCAGUCCCUCUGUCCCCCAUGGCUCAGAAAGCCACCAUCCAAGCAGCUCAUGUGGAACCAAAUGGGUUAGAGCAAAGGAUCCAGAAAAGGACAAGGCAAGUGCACAUUAAAGAGGAACAUCCAUAUUUAGAGCCUGCUUACGGUCAACAUGAACUGAUGUUAGCGGAGUUCUUGGGCACAGAAGAGUUGGACUGUCCCUGCUGAUGGGCACUUUGUUUCACUACAUUGUGGUGGCUGUUGUAUUCCAGGAGUUUGUCUUGUGAUGUUCUGUCAUGGUUUAGCCUUUUUCAACUGAUCCUAACUUUUAUUUUUGGUUUCCAGUUUCCAGGCUUUAGCUAAAAAGUUGCAACAUUCAUUGUUUAUUUAACAGUUUAUUUGAUUAUCAAUUGAUUAUCAAUUGUUUAAAGUUUGAAUUAAAAAAUAGGAUAAAAAAGGAUUUACCGGAAAAACACACCACACAAAUAUGCCUAGAAAUGCCAAGUACACCCCAAUGCACUGUUACAAUGUCAAUUAUUUCCCUUUGGAUGUUCUUAGAGCUUUUUUUCUUCUUUUGCUCAUGUCUUUUUUUGUUUUUGUUUUGGUUGAACUGAAUUUUUGCUAAUGCAGCACAGAAGGUGUCCUAGUUUUUGAACCGUGCUUCAGCCACGGCAGCACUUCUGUAGAGGAAUGAAUCUAGGUUAAGUACAAAUUUAGAAGAAAUACAGAUUUGUGGAAUGAUCAUUGCUGUAAAAAAUAUAAAUUGAUGUUAAAAUGAGCAAAAUCUAGGAAGGAUAUGAUUGAUGUAAAUAAUAUAUUUAAGUUUAAACAGAGAAGACAUGGUUUAAUGGGAAUUGUUUAUUUUUUUUUGUAAAUGCUGGCAGUUUGUUAUAUGCUAUAGUAGCACAGGGGUAGUAAUAAAUCUUCACUACUUUUCAGGUAUUGUGGGUUUUGUUUUCUUAUAUAUUAAUUUUGUUGCCUUUCUAUUUUCACCUGUUAAGCUAAAAUCCUUCCUCAUUAAAUGUACUUGAAUCCAUGAGUAACUUAAAAAGAAAUAAGUAAGUUAUACACUAUUGAUUUUUACUGGUAAUAUCCACACAAAAAACAUUGUAAGAUAUUCUGCAUUUUGCAGAUGGUUCAAAUAACCAUCUGCUAAAUGUGUUGCAAACAUUACAAAUUCCAGUUAUAAUUGGAAAAGCAUGAGCUGAUAUUAUUGCAUUCACAUUUUUUCUUCAGAUGCGCAGAAGAACUGGUGCAAGAUUUUUGCAUUUGCAUUUUUCUCAGCUUGAGUCAAACAGGGCUGUCUUGUGUCUGUGAUCCAUUCCAAUGAAAUAAACAACUGUUGUUAACAGAG